AUGGCUACCAACAUUGGAAUCAUGGAUGCGGCUUAUUUCGUCGGUAGAUCUGAGAUUCUGUCUUGGAUAAACUCGACUCUGCAACUCAAUCUCUCCAAAGUCGAAGAGGCAUGCUCGGGCGCGGUUCACUGCCAGCUUCUGGAUGCGGCUCAUCCAGGGAUUGUGCCGAUGCACAAAGUCAAUUUCGACGCCAAGAACGAGUACGAGAUGAUUCAGAACUACAAGGUCCUUCAAGAUGUCUUCAACAAACUCAAAAUCACCAAGCACAUCGAGGUCAGCAAACUCGUUAAAGGAAGGCCACUGGACAACCUCGAGUUCAUGCAAUGGAUGAAAAGAUACUGUGAUUCUUUCACUUCGGGACAGAACAAUUAUAAUGCUCUGGAGAGGAGAGAGGUUUGCAAAGGAGGAAGAGAAACUAGCAAGAAAACUGCAAACUCCCAAGCUUCAACCAAGGGUUCUACUGCGCAGAGACCUCAGUCUUCUCAUAAUUCUCGAAGAGCCGAGGUUUCUAAUGCAAAUCAUCCUAUCAGCCAGGCUGUCAGGGUCGUGAGAGCACCUAGCACUGGUGGCUCUGCCUAUGAAGAAAAGAUAACCGAGUUGAAGUUGUCUAUUGAUAGCCUUGAGAAAGAACGGGAUUUCUACUUUGCAAAACUGAGAGAUAUUGAGAUAAUGUGCCAGACUCCAGAGAUAGAACACUCACCGAUUGUUGGGGCGAUUCAGAAGAUAUUAUAUGCUACAGAUGAUGAUGGAACGGCUGUGGCUGAAGCUCAAGCUAUGCUUUCUGUUGGUCAUAAGGAAUUAGAGGGGUUGAGUCCCAUUGCUGAAGUUUCUGAAGAGAAAAGCAGUUCAGAAACUCACAAGAGAAAGAAUAUUGCCAAUAUUGAUUUUGAUGUUGCUGGCCUGGCAACUUUGUCUCCCAGACAGAGGCUUUCUGAUAUUUCAGAUGUUCACUGUAGUGGGUCACCCCUUACGACUUGUUAA